AUGGGGAUGGAGAUCUAUAUUUGGGCUGUUGGACAGGAGAAUGUACAGGAGCAGGAGAUGGAGCAAAAUGCUUCUUUUCCUCAUGAUUCUUGUUAUGGUGGUGGUGUUCAUGGUGAUGAUGGUGGUGGUGGUGGUGGUGGUGGUGGUGCUGAGGAUGAUCUUGAUAAGGCAUAG